AUGUUCCUAGCUUAUUAUCUCCACUCGCUCCUGGACACCGUCCUGUCCUACUACAAAAUCAUCGAGACCAGAGAAGUAGGCUGGAUCACUAUCGACCGCCAAUCGGGACAAUUCAAACGCGAGCAACAGCCCCUCUGGAAGAAAUUCAAGCUCCUGCUCCUCUUCAAUCCGUUGACAGAAUGGAUCGACCGAACGCACUGGAUGAGACUCUGGACGCGUGACAAGAGCGUUGCAGCCGGAGGCCGGGAGAGGCAACCUCGCUCCCACCGCGAGAUCAAGGGCUUUAUCGACUUCUACCAGAUUGACAUGUCGGACUUCUCUCCCUCGGAUCCCGAAGAGUAUCCGACCUUUGAGGACUUCUUUGUGCGCAAACAUGCCUCCCAUGCCCGGCCCAUCUAUCAACCGGAGGACCGUACCAAAGCGAUCGUUGUCACCGACGCUAGAGUCGCUGUGUUUCCUUCCGUCACUCGGGCAAAAGAGCUCUGGAUUAAAGGGAGCCAAUUCACCAUCGGGAAACUCAUUGAAGAUGAGAAGAAGGCAGAUACAUGGAACGACGGCGCCGUGGCCAGUUUCCGACUCAGUCCCCAGGAUUAUCACCGAUACCACUCCCCCGUUGCAGGGAAGGUGAAAUGGUACAAACGGAUCCCGGGGAGUUAUCUCCAGGUUGAUCCGGUGGCGCUUCAUUCAAGCGUAAACAUCCUGACGGAGAACGCGAGAUGCUGCGUUUGUAUUGACUCCUCGGAGUUUGGGCAGGUAUUGUUCGUAGCUAUUGGAGCCACAGAUGUUGGAACAGUCGAGUAUGUUCGCCUUAACAUUUCAGACCUUUUGACAAAGAUGAUGCUGACAGCCGUAGGUUCCACGAGCCCAUGCGCCAGCCCGGCCACGAUGUCGAAAAGGGAGAAGAAAUCGGCCUUUUUCAGUUCGGGGGUUCAGCCAUCGUUGUCGUGUUCGAGAAUGGGAGGAUCGGGUUCGAUGAGGAUCUGCUGGUUCCCAGUAACAAGGAGAUCAACAUAG